CAUCGUGAACGCGCCCUGGCAGCGGCGUGUGGCCGUGUGCGCGCGCCCCCGACCAGGUUUGGAUCUGUCCGCUGAUCCAGUGCAGCAAACAUGUCCAAGCUGGAGCAGAUCCUCAUCCUCGACCCUCCGACCGACCUCAAAUUCAGAGGUCCCUUCACAGACGUAGUCUGUGCGAACCUGAAGCUGUCAAACCCGUCAGACAGGAAAGUAUGUUUCAAAGUGAAGACCACAGCACCCCGCAGGUACUGUGUACGGCCCAACAGUGGUGCUAUCGACCCAGGCGCCUCCCUCAAUAUCUCAGUUAUGCUACAGCCGUUUGACUAUGACCCCAAUGAGAAAAGUAAACACAAAUUCAUGGUGCAGACCAUCUUUGCACCAGCCACCAUCACAGACACAGAGACCAUGUGGAAAGAUGCGAAACCCGAUGAGCUCAUGGAUUCCAAACUCAGAUGCGUGUUUGAGCUGCCUUCUGAAAACGAUAAAAUGAAUGACGUGGACACAGUCAGCAAGGCUGUGCCUGUGCUCAACUCCUCCAAGGUGGAUGGGCCAGUAGCAGCAAAGCCAACCAGUACUGCCCUGGACGACACAGAGAUGAAGAAGGUUCUGGAAGAGUGCAAGAGGCUGCAGACAGAAGUGGGCAAGCUGCAGGAGGAGAACAGGCAGCUGAAGGACGAUGGCUUGAGAUUGAGGAAGGCUCAGCAGCCCGAGCACAUAGCCUCCAACUCCAGCUCUCUGAUUGGCCGAGAGGUGACCACCAGCUCCUUGCCCUCCCUCCUGGUCGUCAUAGCAGCCAUCUUCAUCGGAUUCUUCCUCGGCAAGUUCAUCCUGUAAAUGGACCGGGGUGGGGGGAUGUCUUAACAUGUCUGCCUGCCUGUCAACCGGUUCCAGAGAGAAAAAGAAAGAGAGAGAGAUCACACGACCUGAAUGAAAGGAGGAUGUCUUUCUGUUGACUUUGCCAUAUCAUUGGUAGUUGGGCCAGCGGCAGCACGCACAUCUUCGUGGCAUCAUAGCGUGGGCCUCACCUUCUUCAGCCACACACACGGUUAGUCCAACACGAGAGAGAGAGAGACAGAGAGACAGAGGGGGAGAGAAGAAACUUUGGGGAGCAUAGGACAGGUUCUCUUCUCUCUCUCUCUUUUUUUUUGUACCUUUUCUUUGUGCGAUGGACAGAAGGACAGAUUUAUUACACAGCAGUGGCUUAAGAUCGCAAGAGUAGUUAAACCGUGAGAGAGUGAUUCACCAUCACACGAGAGAAGGCACAUCUGAGACAUUUGACUAUAAAUGUGUAUUGUAAACAUAUUUGAUCGCCCCUCCCCCCCACUCACUCUCUCUUUCUCGUUUUAUUAAGAGUUCAGUGGAAUGUUAGGUGUCUUGUAAAUGUAAUUUUAAUCCUUUUUAAGAAAAGGAAAAUGAAACUUCCAUCAAAACAAACAGAAAAAUAUAAACCUUGUGACCCUUUUUGUUGGGUGGCCUCGGAGGAAGAAAAAAAAAACAGCAGAUAUUUCUACCCCUUGCUGCCUCUCCAUGUCACCAGUUGGGCUGGGAACAAAGAUGCCUCCUUUUGUACAUUUUAUCUUUUUUUUUUUUUCCUGUCCCUAACGAUACCAAUGGAGACUUUUAUUACUGUUAUCUAUUAUUAUUAUUAUUAUUAUUAUUAUUAUUAAUAUUAUUGUUCUUUUUUUCCUCAAUACAAAGCAUUUAUCCCUACUUGAGGCAAAUGUUGACUGAAGUUCGAGAGUCUACACUUCUCCUGUCCUGUCCCAUGCUAUUCGACAUUGUAGAAAUAAAUAAAAGUGGAAAAAAGUCAAUUUGUA